AAGGCGGCAGGCAGGCGGGCGGGGUGGUGGUGGGAGGCGCGCGCGGGUGGGGUGGGCGUCGUGGGCGGUGGCAGCACAAACAAGCAAACCUUCCAAUUUACUCCUCCCCACCUUCCCAUCCUCCUCCUCCCCCCCUUCCCCAAAUCUCAAAUUCCCGAUUCGCGUUUCAACCAAUCCUCCUGCGCCAUAACGAAGCUCACGAGCACACGCCACGUGAUUCCGAUCCUGUUGCUAGAGGGAUCCCGCGGCUCGGCUUUCCCGGCAUGCGGCGGGGCGGCGGCGCUGCGACGGCCGUUGCGGCGGCGGCGGAGGCGGAGGGGGACGCGGGGGCGCGGUUCCGCGGCGUGCGGAAGCGGCCGUGGGGCCGGUACGCGGCGGAGAUCCGCGACCCGGCCAAGAAGGCGCGCGUAUGGCUCGGCACCUUCGACUCCGCCGAGGACGCCGCGCGCGCGUACGACGCCGCCGCGCGCAUGCUGCGCGGGCCCAAGGCCAAGACCAACUUCCCCCUCUCCUUUCCCCAUCACCACCAACUACCACCCAGCUACUCGCCCUACCCCGUCGCCGCUGCCGCCGCCACCGCUGUCCCGACGUCGGUCGCCGCCGCGGCGGCCAGGCCAGCCUGCAGCAGCAUGAGCUCCACCGUCGAGUCCUUCGGCGGUCCGCGGGUGCGGCCGGUGCUCCCGCCGCGCCCUCCGCCGCCGCCAAUCCUCGACGGCGACGACUGCCAUAGCGACUGCGGGUCCUCGGCCUCCGUGGUAGACGACGAUUGCGCGGACGCCGCCGCCUCGUCGUCCUGCGGUGUCCUGCUCCAGUUCGACCUUAACCUGCCCCCGGAGUGUGGCGGUGUUGCAUGCAACGACGACGACGAGCUGAAGCUGACGGCGCUGCGGCUCUGAAAUCUGAACCACCGGGUAGUGGUUAGAGAAAAAGGAUAAGGAGAAAAAUAUUUGGUUCUUCCCUUCUCUCCAUAGCCAGCACGAUCCACCUCCAUGCUGUUGUUGCUGUUGCUGUUUACGUGAUCUGAUGAUGAUUAAUAUGGCCUGAUCUACGAAUCGGCCUGCUUGUUGCCGCUGGUAGCGGUGAUUAUUGCCGACUACCGCCGGCAGCUCGCUGUGGUUGUUGUAAUAUAGCAACAUUUUACUUGCUUCCUCUUGUGAGGAAGUAGACACCUAAAGUAACUUAUUUUCUUUUUUAGCUACAUGUGUUACUGUUACUCAUUUAGGGUCAUUUGUUUCGAAUUGAGAACAAUGGAAAACAAAGUUUUGUUUAUGAGAA